AUGUCCUCGGCGUGGGGCUUCAAAGGGGGCCGCCGGUUUGGUGGAGCAACAGUAGACGACCACAAGCUGACGUUGGACGAACUUCACAGAAAGUACGGGACCGACUUGAGCAGGGGUCUGUCCUCCUCUAGAGCAAAAGAGAUCCUGGCCAGAGAUGGCCCGAACGCCCUCACGCCUCCUCCCACCACGCCCGAAUGGGUCAAAUUCUGCAAACAGUUGUUUGGCGGUUUUUCCAUGCUGCUGUGGAUCGGCGCCAUCCUUUGCUUCCUCGCUUACGGUAUCCAGGCUGCCUCAGAGGAUGAACCGGCCAAUGACAAUUUGUAUUUGGGCGUCGUGCUGUCUGCCGUCGUCAUCAUCACUGGCUGCUUCUCCUACUACCAAGAAGCCAAGAGCUCCAAGAUCAUGGACUCCUUCAAGAACCUGGUCCCUCAGCAAGCCCUGGUCAUCCGCGACGGCGAAAAGAAGAACAUCAACGCUGAAGAGGUGGUGGUCGGUGAUCUGGUGGAGGUGAAAGGAGGAGACAGGAUCCCCGCCGAUCUGAGAAUCAUCUCUGCUCACGGCUGCAAGGUGGACAACUCUUCCCUGACUGGUGAAUCAGAGCCUCAGACCCGUGCCCCAGACUUCUCCAAUGACAAUCCUUUGGAAACCAGGAAUAUCGCUUUCUUCUCCACCAACUGUGUUGAAGGAGCAGCCAAAGGUGUCGUCAUCAACACCGGAGACCGCACCGUCAUGGGCCGCAUUGCCUGCUUGGCCUCCAGCCUGGAGGGCGGCAAAACUCCCAUUGCCGUUGAGAUCGAGCACUUCAUCCACAUCAUCACCGGUGUCGCCGUCUUCCUCGGAGUGUCUUUCUUCAUCCUGUCCCUCAUCCUCGGAUACGGAUGGCUGGAGGCCGUCAUCUUCCUGAUUGGUAUCAUUGUUGCCAACGUGCCUGAGGGUCUCCUGGCCACCGUCACUGUGUGCCUGACCCUGACCGCCAAGCGGAUGGCCAAGAAGAACUGCCUGGUGAAGAACCUGGAAGCCGUGGAGACCCUGGGCUCCACCUCCACCAUCUGCUCGGACAAGACCGGCACCCUGACCCAGAACAGGAUGACCGUAGCCCACAUGUGGUUCGACAACCAGAUCCACGAGGCCGACACCACGGAGAACCAGAGCGGCACCUCCUUCGACAGGAGCUCGGCUACCUGGGCGGGCCUGGCCAGAAUCGCCGGACUCUGCAACCGGGCCGUCUUCCUCGCGGAUCAGAGCAACGUUCCCAUUCUAAAGAGAGAUGUGGCCGGUGACGCCUCAGAAGCUGCCUUGCUCAAGUGCAUUGAGCUGUGCUGUGGGUCUGUGAGCGCCAUCAGAGACAAAUACCCCAAGGUCGCCGAGAUUCCAUUCAAUUCAACCAACAAAUACCAGCUCUCUAUCCACAAGAACUCCACCCCUGGAGAAACCAAGCACCUGCUGGUGAUGAAAGGAGCCCCAGAGAGGAUUUUGGACCGCUGCGCCACCAUCAUGCUCCAGGGCAAAGAGCAGCCUCUAGAUGAUGAGAUGAAAGACGCUUUCCAGAAUGCCUAUGUUGAGCUGGGAGGACUUGGAGAGAGAGUCCUGGGUUUUUGUCAUUUCAACCUGCCCGACGACCAGUUCCCAGAUGGCUUUGCUUUUGACACUGACGAGGUGAACUUCCCCACCGAGAACCUGUGCUUUAUGGGCCUGAUGUCCAUGAUCGACCCCCCUCGCGCCGCUGUGCCCGACGCCGUCGGCAAAUGCAGGAGCGCCGGAAUCAAGGUUAUCAUGGUGACUGGUGACCAUCCCAUCACUGCCAAGGCCAUCGCUAAAGGUGUGGGCAUCAUCUCCGAAGGCAACGAGACUGUUGAAGACAUUGCUGCCCGCCUAAAUGUUCCGAUUUCCGAGGUUAACCCAAGGGACGCCAAGGCCUGCGUCGUCCACGGUGGCGAGCUGAAAGACUUGACCGCCGAGCAGCUGGACGAAAUCCUGAAGUACCACACGGAGAUUGUGUUCGCCAGAACGUCCCCACAGCAGAAGCUGAUCAUCGUGGAGGGCUGCCAGAGACAGGGCGCCAUCGUGGCCGUGACGGGUGACGGCGUGAACGACUCCCCCGCUCUAAAGAAAGCCGACAUCGGCGUCGCCAUGGGGAUCGCCGGCUCCGACGUCUCCAAACAAGCCGCCGACAUGAUCCUGCUGGACGACAACUUCGCCUCCAUCGUGACCGGAGUGGAAGAAGGCCGCCUCAUCUUCGACAACCUGAAGAAGUCCAUCGCCUACACCCUGACCAGCAACAUCCCUGAGAUCUCGCCCUUCCUCUUCUUCAUCAUCGCCAACAUCCCCCUGCCCCUGGGGACCGUCACCAUCCUCUGUAUCGACCUGGGAACCGACAUGGUCCCCGCCAUCUCCCUGGCUUACGAAGCGGCUGAGAGCGACAUCAUGAAGAGGCAGCCCCGAAACCCCAAGACGGACAAACUGGUGAACGAGAGGCUUAUCAGCAUAGCCUACGGACAAAUCGGCAUGAUGCAGGCCACAGCUGGGUUCUUCACAUAUUUCGUGAUCCUGGCGGAGAACGGCUUCCUCCCCAUGGACCUCGUGGGGAUCAGGGUGUACUGGGACGACAAAAUGGUGAACGACCUGGAGGAUAGCUACGGGCAGCAAUGGACGUACGAGCGCAGGAAGAUCGUGGAGUUCACCUGCCACACGGCCUUCUUCGCCAGCAUCGUCAUCGUCCAGUGGGCCGAUCUGAUCAUCUGCAAGACCAGGAGGAACUCCAUCGUGCAGCAGGGAAUGAAAAACCGCAUCCUCAUCUUCGGGCUCUUUGAGGAGACGGCGCUCGCUGCCUUCUUGUCCUACUGCCCCGGAAUGGACGUCGCCCUCAGAAUGUACCCUCUCAAGCCAUGUUGGUGGUUCUGCGCCUUCCCCUACUCCCUCCUCAUCUUCCUCUACGACGAAGGCAGAAGAUACAUCCUCAGACGCAACCCGGGCGAUUUUUACCGAACGGACAAGCUAAAUGUGUCAGAUGGCCAUUUUUUCCCCGAAAGCUGA